GCAACAUUGCAAAUACUGGUUGUGUCUUUGUUCCAGAGACUGUGCCAAGUACCUGACCUGACUACAUAUUCCUUAUAAUCCAAGGAACACAAUGAAAGGGCUUUUGCUUCUGGGCUUUGUUGCAGCAGUUAUAGGCAGAGUUCCUGAUAACCAAUACGCCAGGGAUAAAGUUUUGCGUCUGAAACCAGAAAAUGAACAGCACCUGCAGUUUUUAAGGGACAUGGCUCCCGCAUUAAAGAUGGAUUUCUGGCAGCCAUCUUCUCUCGAGCUGGUAACCACCAACAGCACUGUGGAUUUGAGGGUCCCUGCAGCCUCUAUUUCUGAGACCCAUUUCAGGCUGAAGGAGAUUGGACUGAAAUACGAUGUGUUGAUUGAUGACAUGAAGACACUGAUGAAAAACCAAUUUGACCAAAAGGAUAACAAUUCUACACACUACAAUUAUGAAAAAUAUCAUCGAUGGAUUGAGAUUGAAUCCUGGAUGAAGAAAAUCACAUAUGAAAACCCAAGACUGAUUUCUCUGUUCAGAAUUGGAAGGAGCUAUGAGAAUCGCAGUAUCUAUAUCCUUCGGGUGGGCAAGAGGACACAUAAGGCGAAACCUACAAUCUUCAUGGACUGUGGGAUCCACGCCCGCGAGUGGAUUUCACCUGCCUUUUGCCAGUGGUUUGUGAUGAAGGCUGUUCAAUCUUUUGGAAGAAAUUGUACCAUGGACACCCUUCUCAAUAAAUUGGAUUUCCUGAUUGUUCCUGUUAUCAAUGUAGAUGGUUAUGUUUACAGUUGGACCAAGGAUCGAUUAUGGAGGAAGACACGCUCCAGGAAUCCUGGCACUACCUGCGUGGGCACUGAUCCCAACCGAAACUUCGACGCCAAGUGGUGCUCCGUUGGUGCCUCGAGGAACCCAUGUGCUGAGACUUAUUGUGGAUCCCAUGUUGAGUCUGAGCGGGAAGUCAAGGCUGUGGCUAAUGCCAUCCGUAACUACAAAGGGAUCAAGGCUUACAUCACAAUGCACUCGUAUUCUCAGAUGUGUCUCUUUCCAUAUUCCUACACGUACUCAUUGGCUCCAGACUACAAGGAAUUGAAUUCCAUUGCCUGGAAUGCAGUUACGGCCUUGAGGAGCCUUUAUGGAACUCGGUAUUCCUACGGUCCAGCUGCACUCAUAAUAUAUCCAUCAGCUGGAGGUUCGGAUGACUGGGCCUAUGACACUGGAAUUAAAUACUCAUUUACCUUUGAACUCCGUGACUUGGGCCAGUAUGGUUUCCUGUUGCCUGAGUCCCAGAUCAAGCCAACCUGUGAAGAGACCAUGUUGGCAAUCAACUACAUCGCCACUUACGUUCUCAGGCAUCCAUAUUAAUCUUCCUUGGUGAAUGAUUAAUUUUUGAUUCUUGGAAGUAUUGCAUAUGUACAUUUCUAUUGCUUAGAAUGUAUCAGUGUAUAUUUGUUUUUGCGCACGAAGCAGAGUUCAGAGAUCUUCUGGUCAAUUUCUCUCUGAUAUGAAAUUUCUUCUGUUUCUUUCUUUCUUUUCAAAUCUUUUUAUUGUAUAUAUAGGAAAAAUAACAUGAGUACAUCAAAGUAACAACACUUACAAUGCCUCAAAAAAAACCAUCAUCUUAAAGAUUGAAAACAAAAUUUUGUGACAACAAAAAAAACCUACUGAGCAGAAAAGUGAGAAAAAAAAGAGAACCCAUUAGGCAUAAAAAACCUGGAGCCAUGCGUCAUACAAAAAGCUUCUAAAAAUAAACAUCAAACCGCCAGCAAGAAAAGAAAAUAUACUAAAAGAAUUUACAAUUAGAUCAUGGAAAAAUUAUAUCAAUUAACUCAAAUGAUAAUAACGAGCAAAUGAGCCUCAUCUUUUCUCAAAAUCAAAUAAAGGUUCAAAGGUUCGACUUCUAAUUUUCUCCAAACUAAGACAUAGCUUCACUUGAGAGAACCAUUGUGACAAAGUGGGAGCUGAUGUAUCCUUCCACUUCAACAAAAUGGACCUCCUAGCUAUCAAUGUGAGAAAUGCAAUAACAUGUUGGUCAGACACAGAAAUACCAUGAAUAUUUUGAGGAACUAUUCCAAAAAGCACAGUUAAUUUAUUAGGUUGUAAAUUAAUUUUGAGUGCUUUAGAAGUUUUUGAGAAAACCGACUUCCAGAACUGUUCCAAUAUAGAACAAGACCAAAACAUAUGUGACAGUGUAGCUAACUCAGUUUUACAUCUAUCACAAUAACUAUCAACAUUAGGAAAGAUUUUAGAAGUUCUCUCCUUUGUCAAAUGAUAACGAUGUACAAUUUUAAAUUGAAUCAAUGAGUGGCUAGCACAAAUUGAAGAAGAGUUAACCAACUUCAAUUUCUUCUGUUUCCUUGUUGCCCUGUUCUUAUUGUUCCUCAUUCUCUUUCCAUUAUUUUUCUUUUAGUUUCUUCUCCUUCUGCUCCCUCUGCUUCUUUCCCUUCAGAAGGAGGUGAUGGACAUAAUGCAGAAGGCUGGAGUUUGUAGGAUAAUUAUCCCACCAUGAGGCUCAGUUUCUAUUUCUUGCUCCAACACUCAUGCUCCCCACCCCACCACCUUGCUCCUUUACUUCUCCAGUCCUUCAUUCUCCCUUCAGAACAUUCAUUCCUCUCCAAGCCCAUCAACUUUACAACCCCUUUGUCACCAAACUUGGUGCUGAAUUUUCCUAUGCUCUUAACCCUUUAUUUCUCUCUCAUCAAUGAAAAAUUGGUCUUUCUUCUAGGUGGUAUCCCUUACCCUCUACCUAUUCCCAGCCUCCAUAGACCUCACAGCCUCUACCCUACCUUCUUAUUUGUGCAAAGGCCUGCCUUGCUUCCACAGGAAACCCAUCUUUCUGUCUAUUUCUAUAUCAAGUUCACGAGGGGAAGAAAGCCACAGCAGCACAAAGAAAAUGGAACUAAGCACGCGCCGCAUGUGCAAAUCACUGGCAUUCAUACUUAUAUUUAGUUUAAUCCUCUCUAUCUUAGCCCUAAUGUUGAUUCCAUACAUCUGAAAAACAUUGGUGAAUUUAUAAUACCUUUGAAAGCAACGAUAAUCUUGAAAAUUGAGUUCAUAUUGACUGUGACUAUUUCUAUAGUUUGUACACAAGAAAUAAGUCAUACCCUGACAUUUCAUCCUCCUUGAUGUGUGGGUGCAUACUGUCAAUCAGAGCUUCAAAUGUAUACAUUCCAAUUUGUUCUGUAAUGUCAAAUAGCUUGAAACGUAUUAUAUCUGAGUAGGAAAUUUCCUUCCAUUUGCUGAUCUGGUAAAGACCUUCCUUCCCACACUUGAUGGAGUUAGAACACAGAAUACAGACCAUAAAAGAUUGUAGCAUAGUACAGACUCUUCAGCCCAUGAUGUUGUGCUGACCUAAUCCUGCCCUUCCUUCCUACGUAGCCCUCCAUUUUUCUAUCAUUUGUAUGCCUGUCAGAGUUUCUUACAUGCUCCUAGAAAUCUGCCUCUACCACCACCCUUGGCAGGGCAUUCCACGCACCCACCACUCUCUGUGCAAAGAAACUUACCUCUGACAUCACCCCAGACUUUCCUCCAAUCACCUUAAAAUUAUCUCCUCUUAUAUUAGCCAUUUAUGGUGCCAAUGGAAGCACACCCGAUGUUAACUUUCAAAUGUGAGUUAAUCUUAGCUUUGAAAGAAUUUGCUGACUUAUUGGUGAAAGGCAGGAGAGAUGAUUAGCUGGCAAAUUCAGAGAUCUGACAAAAGUUGGACGGUUUGAAUGCUCUUAAUUUAUCAGAAAUUUCUGUACUUCCAAGAGUACGCUGUCAAUUCUCAAAUAACACAAGCUUAAAAUUUUCCAGGGUUGUUGCUCUGGGGAAGGUAACAGUCUCAAUUCUUUCAUAGUCAAUUCUGUGUAUGAUAAUAGUCAACAAUACAUAGGAAGUAGAUUAGGACCUGGAGAUAAUGGGUUCUGGAUUUCUUCAUCCAGAUUCUUUAUGCAGCAGUUUAAUUCACCUGAUGGAUACAGGAAAGGGAAAAAGUCCACUUCCAUGACUGCAUAUUCUAUUCCCAAGCAAAUACUUUUUUCCUUUCUUAUCCCUGGUUUACAACCUGUUGUGUAUUCUAGAAGUUUGUACUGAAGAAGGUGGAGUUUCCAAUUUGAGAUCCAACCCUCAAGCUGAUGUUGCAUGCCCAAAGAUACCUUGGUCAGUUUUCAGCCCCUUUCCAUGUAACAAGUACACAGGUUACAACACACUUGCACGCAGGUCUUCAACUAGAACUCAGGUUUCAGAAACUUAAGCGCCGGGCCAGAUCGAAGAGGUCAGAGCAUAGGGGCCUGAGACGAGGUGGGGGCUGGUUCAGUUCACUGCUCCACAGCGUUUACUCGACUCUGCACUGAACAAUGGGUCUCUCUUAUGGACUUCGGUUCAGAAACACUACUUGCUUGUGGUUACUCUUACCAUGAUGCUUUUUUUUCAUCGUACAUUGGAUGUUCAGUGGUCUGUUUAUCGGUUAUUUUAUUUUUUAUGGGUUCUUUUUUAUGGCAACAAUGUGGUUUUUAUUCUCUACACAUUAAGUGUUAGACAGUCUUCUUCGUAUAUAUACAUGGGUUCUUUUUUUGGGUGUCUUUGUUUCCUGGCUGCCUGUAAGGAGACGAAUCUCAAGGUAGUACAAUGUGUACGUACUUUGAAAAUUUGAUAAACUGCAAGGAGUAAUCACCGUUCAUCAGUGUCAAGAAACCUGCUGCAUCAAUUUGCUUUCAUUGUGGGGAAGAUAUUUCAUUUAAGAAUGAUUAUGUUGUCAUAUAUAUUGUGGGACCAUUUAAGUGCUGUAAUAAAAUAAUCUACUUAACUAUAAGAAAUUGUGUCAAUUCUUACAGCAAACAACCUGAAUUUAUCUAAUAUACAGAAUGUGUUAAUCUAUCUUGUAUUUAAUUCAUUUAUUGGGAUACUCUUUUCAAUUAAUUAUAUUUCAAGAACAAUUGGGCACUGUAAACCAACAGUAUUUAAUAAAAUAUUGAGAGACUUGACCAAACAGUCUCGG